AUGGUAGAUCUUACUUCUGAUGAUGAGAAUGAAGAGUUACAUUCCAUUCAAGACCCUUUUAAAGGUGUAUCGACAGAGUACUUGGAUCAUGUGGAGCUUCCAGAUUUGAAAGAGCCUCCUUCAAUAUACAAGGAUCUAUUUGCAAAUUCUAAUGAAAACAGCAAGUACUUUUUAAAAAGUGGUUUGGUACCUGCACCUGGAAAAGAUCCAAAGUUCUCUCAGCUUUAUAUUUAUGAUACUGAUAAUGAAGUUUCAAAUCAAAAAAAGUUGUUCAGUGACUCUACAAAUAAGUCUGAUUCGCAUUUAAAGCAGAUAGAUAUUCAGCUCAUUAAGUUUAUAAAAGACUUCCUGGAUCAUAAUAAUGAGUUGGUUAAAAGUUAUAGAAUGGCAAGAAACCACUUCAAUGACAAUCCUAAUGAAAACUUCAAGCUUCGUCUCAUUUACAAAAGAGAUCUUGAUGGUCGUACUUACAACUUGCCCUCAACUUCAGAAGUUGCUGCAUUGAUUGUUGGCGAUCUCCAACGAAUAAUUGAUCAUCGUGAUAUUGUUCUUGAGUCGCACACUGAAGGUCUUCAACGAAUUACUGAACUCCAUCCAUCAUAUCUAGCCCUUCAGUAUCCAAUCCUUUUUCCCAAUGGUGAUGACGGAUAUAGAAUAGACAUUCCACAUAGGGACGGUAUACGUGCGUUAAAAAAAAUUUGA